AUGACGACGAACCUUACAAUACUUGAAGUCCCGCCGGAGUGGAAGAGCCAGCCUAUGUAUCAUCUUCCUCCAUGGGGAGAGCCAUUGAUUGUCUUAUCUAUCCUGGGUGGAGCUAUGUUUCUGACGCGGAGAAGGAAUUUUCAAAUCCUCGGGAAGCGGAAAGAAGGAUACCACGAUUCCUACCUAGACUCCGACUCCUCCAACUCGACCGAAGACUUGCUCUGGUACGAUUCGGACCACGACGAUGACUCUCAAGAUCCUCUAUCAGCGUCCAAGCAUCUCUCCAAAAGACGGACGUGCUGCGGACUCGUCAUCAGCACCCCGAACUCCUCACGCUUCUCGGAACACAUACACAGCCGUGUUUUACAAAAGUUUCCAUUCUUGGUCGAGAUGUUCUAUUGGAUCAUCACCUACCUCUUCUAUCGACUGACAAAGGUUUUUUCACAAAUAAUAUUUACCAAAUCCAUUAUAGAAGUCGCUCAGGCGCACGGCCUGACAAUCCUUGAGUUCGAGCAAUUCAGCUGGGCAAGCUUUCUUUUCCCGAUCAAAGAGCACAACGUGCAGCACUGGUUCAUGCAAGGCCAUCAAGAUGCAUUGACCGUGCUGAAUCGAGCCUACGCUCUUAUCCACAUACCUGGCACCGUAGGCUUUAUAGCGUGGUACUACUACAUCGCGCCCUCACACUCUACCUUCGCCACAAUUCGCCGUACCCUCACCCUUACCAACCUCUUCGCCUUUCUAACGUUUACCCUUUACCCCUGCAUGCCUCCGCGCCUGCUUCCGCCUGAAUAUGGGUUCCUAGACUCCGUGCGCCACGACAAAGCAACUUCGAUCUGGAUGAGCGGCAACUUUGUCAAUUCGCUCGCCGCCAUGCCGAGCAUGCAUUUCGGCUACGCAUUCGUGAUUGGCUGCACCAUGAUCUACCAUGCCGGUAUCUUCAGAAGAAGCUUGGAAAAGGGGGAGACGAAAAAGUCAUGUUUUUGGAAAUCCAUUUACUGCCUCAUCGGGCUGGGAUACCCGAGUAUGAUUCUAGUCACCAUUGUAGCGACCGCGAAUCACUACUGGAUGGACGCGCUGAUGGCGACGAUCGUGGCUUGUGCCGCUUAUCUGUGCAAUCGGGUCUUCCUGACGAUGCUGCCGCUGGAGGAUUUGCUGCUGUGGGUGUUGAGGCUUGAAAAGCCCAUCCCAUCCACUGGCGACACCUUUCGGCAAAGAGGUGGAAGGAUUUGA